UCAAACACUCGGAAGUAGUCUCCGGGAGGCCCAUGUGUUGUGGUAAAGCAGAGAAACAGGAGUUGCUGUGGGAGAGGGGCUGGCUAAAGGGCUUAGGGCGGACUGACUCCCAGCGCCUCCCCGCCCACCGUCCCCACCAGUCGAUUCUGACUCUUUGAGGGCUGUUUUUGAGCCCACGGGGCCUGAAGCUGACUGAGGGAGGUUCCCAUUGCCUGCCGCCACCCAGAUUGUGCCUCAUGGAGUCCACCUUCAGCAGCCCUGCGGAGGCGGUGCUGCAGCGAGAGGCAGGCUCUGCCGGGCUGCGCACUCCACUUGGAGACCUGGACCGGGUGUACGAGCUGGAGCGAGUUGUUGGAUUUGUCCGCGACCUGGGGUGUCAGCGGGUGGCCUUGCAGUUCCCUGACCAGCUAUUGGGAGAUGCUGGGGCCGUGGCAGCACGACUGGAGGAGGCUACCGGGUCGAAGAUGUUCAUUCUAGGAGACACAGCCUAUGGCAGCUGCUGUGUGGAUGUACUGGGUGCUGAGCAAGCUGGAGCUCAGGCCCUUGUACAUUUUGGCCCUGCCUGCUUAAGCCCUCCUGCUCGCCCACUGCCCGUGGCCUUCGUCCUCGGUCAGCGAUCUGUGGCCUUGGAGCUCUGUGCUAAGGCCUUUGAGGCCCAGAACCCAGACCCCACAGCGCCUGUGGUGCUGCUCAGUGAGCCAGCCUGUGCCCACGCCCUGGAGGCCUUGGCCACCCUUCUGCGCCCACGGUAUCUGGACCUGCUUGUCUCCAGCCCGGCUCUUCCCCUGCCAGCAGGCUCCCUCAAUCCAAAGCCUGAGCCCCUGGAGCGUUUUGGGCGCCGCUUCCCUUUGGCUCCAGGGAGGUGUUUGGAAGAGUAUGGUGCCUUCUAUGUGGGGGGCUCUGAGGCCAUCUCUGACCCUGACAUUGACCCAGACCUAAGCCGGCUGCUUUUGGGCUGGGCACCAGGGCGGCCCUUCUCCUCCUGCUGCCCAGACACAGGCCAGACUCAGGAUGAAGGUGUCCGGGCUGGGCGGCUAAGAGCACGUAGACGCUAUCUGGUAGAGAGGGCCAGAGAUGCCCGUGUGGUGGGGCUGCUGGCGGGCACGCUGGGUGUGGCUCGACACCGGGAGGCCCUGGCACACUUGCGGAACUUGACACAGGCUGCUGGCAAGCGUAGCUAUGUGUUGGCCCUUGGGCGGCCCACGCCUGCCAAACUUGCCAACUUCCCUGAAGUGGACGUCUUUGUGCUGUUGGCCUGUCCUCUGGGUACUCUAGCCCCCCAGCCUUCUGGCAGCUUCUUCAGGCCUGUAUUAGCACCAUGUGAGCUGGAGGCUGCCUGCAACCCUGCAUGGCCACCUCCAGGCCUGGCUCCCCACCUCACACAUUAUGCGGACUUAUUGCCUGGCUCUCCCUUCCACGUGCCCCUCCCUCCACCUGACUCAGAGCUGUGGGACGCCCCAGAUGUGUCACUCAUUACUGGGGAUCUCCGACCCCCACCUGCCUGGAAGCCAUCAGAUGAUCCUGGGUGCUCAGCGCUGACCCCGAAGCCCUCCCUGGAGCUGGCUGAGAGCAGCCCUGCAGCCUCAUUCCUUAGUUCCCGGAGCUGGAAAGGACUGCAGCCCUGCUUGGGUCAGACGCCAGUGACGGGAGCUGUAAGCGGAAGACGAGGAAUUGCCAUCGCCUAUGAGGAUGAGGGACACAGCUGAUAACAUGUGGGACCAGAGCCACAGGUGGACUUAAGACCUUUAGUGCUCCCUGCACCAACCUCACUCUUCUGCCAGGAUCCUUGAAGGAGCCUCUCACUGAGGCAGCCCCUCAAUGAGGACAGGGUCCAGCUCUGUCUUAUCUUGUCCUUUCCUGGCACUGGCACAAGGCUUAGCCCAUACUGGCUUGGUAAAGGUCUGUUGUUUGACUGACGAGGGAACAGCUUUAGGUCUUCCCUGAAGCCUCUGGGCCAUCUGUUCUCCUGGGAGCAACCCAAGACCUCUGGCCAAUCCAAGUUCCUGCUGUGCAGUUGAGGGUCUGUCUUUUUCAAAGGCAGGUGCUAGAUGUUUUAGACCACGGUUUUUCAGCCUUGGCACUGUUGAUGUUUUGGGCCAGAUAAUUGUUUGUGAUGGGCUGUCUUGUGCAUUGUAGGAUGUUUAGCAUCAUCUCUGGUUUCUGCCCAAUAGGUGCCAGUAGCAUACCCCUCUCCAAUUAUAAACAGAAAUGUCUCCAGAUGUUGGUAAAAGUCCCCUAAGGGGGCAAAAGCAUCCACAGCUGAGAAUCAACUGGUCUACGCUUAUGCUACACAAUACAUGUGGCUGUCAAACAUAAAUUUGAAUUAAGAUUAAAAGCUCAGUUUCUCAGUCACACUAAUCAUAUUUCAGUACUCAGAUAACCACAUAAGAGGACAGCACAGCUAGAAGACAUUUCUAUCACUGCAGAAAGUUCUGCUGGGCACUGCUGGUCUACACUGACUCCAAUUUGUUUCUCAGGGAGGUCACAGAAACUUGAAUAAACCAGAUAAUUUUUC